CAAAAAAGGCAGUAUUCCUUCGCCUCACCAGACCCCCAUAAAGCAAAGAGAUUCAACAGAAAGAAAACAUCUCUCUCUCUCUACAAUAAAAUCUUUUGCUAUUUUGGCUUUGUGUCUUUUGACUCGAAUCCCCACAAUUUUGCAGUUGAAUUAUACAAUCUUCCUCUCAUCCGGUCGUGGUCUGGCCUGGCCUGGCCUGCACAGCUGAGUUGAGGAGAUAGCCGCCGGCGAUGGGCGGCGCAUAUCACCGCCACUGCCGCCUUCAACAUUUGGUGACUGCCACCGCGGCCCUCACUCUCCUCCUAUUCGCCUCCGCUUCCGCCCUCUCCCUUAACCAACUCAGAAGUCGAGAAGCAGGAGAGCCCGAGAAGAAGCUAACAAUCAGGAGCGGUAGUGGGGCAGCCGUGCAGCAGAGACUGAGAACAGUUGGGCCGGGGUCGUCGCCUCCGAGUUGCCGGUCAAAGUGCGGGAAGUGCUCCCCGUGUAAGCCGGUCCAUGUCCCGAUCCACCCGGGAGUGAGCCUGCCGCUGGAGUACUACCCCGAAGCCUGGCGCUGCAAGUGCGGCAACAAGCUCUUCAUGCCUUGAAAACCGAACGGCUUGUCAGUCGGGAGACUACGAUCUGCGCGAUUCUGUAUCUUUGUACUCGUCGACGUCAUCCCAUCCGUCCUUCGUCCCGGGAUGCAAUAUAUUUUCAACUGUUCGAGUCAGCAGUUUUCUGAAUUUGGAAGCUGAGAACAUAAAUGCAAUAUCUGACAAUAUUUCCUCGUUA